AAGCGAGUUGGAUCUGAAUGUCAUUGUCUGGUAUAACAAGACGAGCGUACUCCAAGAUGGCGUCGCCUCCAACAACGUCGCCCUACACACGGGCAGUCGUGAAUGCCAUGCGAAGACUAUAUCCAGAAGCAUUGGCGGACAAGAGCUUCGACAACACUGGCUUGCUGUUAGAGUCUCCGUUCAAUCCUGCUCGUCGACAGAACAACUCAGUCCUCCUUACCAUCGACCUUACCAAAGCUGUUGCGGACGAAGCCAUUCGACGGAAGGACUCGAUCAUUGUUGCAUACCAUCCGAUCAUUUUCCGCGGCCUGAAGAGUCUCACGCUCAAAGACACGCAACAACAAAGUCUCCUCCGACUCGCAGCCGAAGGAAUCAGCGUCUACAGCCCACACACCGCCGUCGACGCCGCAAAAGGCGGUCUAGGCGACUGGCUCGCCGACAUCAUAACCGGCGAACCCAGCACCUCCUCCGACGCAACCUCCAACUCCUCCACCACCAACGCCAACAACACCCCCGACACACCCACCAAAAAGCCCAAACGCCCCACCUUCUCUCUCAACCACCACCCUUCCCAACUCUCCCUCAAAGAAGAAGAGUCCACAUUCACCCCCGCCCACCACCCCCACAAACGCUACCCCAUCACCCCAACCAAAGUCUCCGGCCACGACCACGGCGGCGGAAUGGGCCGCAUCAUCCACCUCGACACUCCCGUUCCUCUCCCCACUCUUCUCGACCGCAUCUCCGCAGGCCUGAACAACCCCGCCGCAUUCCCCAUCGCCAUCCCGCAAGGUCGUACAGCCUCGGACAUCACCAUCCGCUCCAUCGCAUUAUGCGCCGGGUCCGGUGGCGGAUUAUUUUCAGAGGCGGAGAAGCAGGGUGAAGAUGUCGAUUUGUAUUUCACGGGGGAGUUGUCGCAUCAUGAAGCGUUGGCGGCGACGGAGAAGGGGAAGGUGGUUGUGGCGUUGUUUCAUAGUAAUUCCGAGAGAGGGUUUUUGCAUGCUGUUUUGAAGGGGCAGUUGGAGGAGGCGAUUCCGGAGGAGUGGGAGAAGGUGAGGAAAGAGGAUGGAAGUGGGGAUGGGGCGGAGGAGGUGUUGAAGGGGGAGCAUGAGGGGGUGUUUGUGAGUGAGGUUGACCGAGACCCUUACGGGAUCAUGAUUUCGAAGACGGGUUUGUGAGAGACAGAUGGGGUUGCAGCAGAUGUUUGGCGACAGGCGCAGUGUGAAUGGCCUCAGUACAGGUAGACGAUAU